AGUGCUCCGAGCACUCGGCAUGCUCGGAGCACAGUGCUGUGUCUCCCGCGAGCGGCAAGGACCUCCCUGCAAGCCGCUCGCGGUCUCACUCCAGGGCAGCCCGGUCGCUCACUUACAAAAGCGACCGGGUUGCUAGUAAAGGGGAGGGCAGUGUGAGGUCACGCUCCCCGUCGGGAUCCUCAGCCUCCAGGCUGUCGGUCCCGGCGGGGGGGGCCUCUGCUGUCCGACCCAAAGUAUUUAAAGGGGCAGCAAGGGCUACAGUAAGCCCAGAUGAAAAUCUUAUGGAAAUAGGGGCUGAAGUGCUCCAAAAAAGUGCCUUCUCUGCACUACCACAGAGAACACGUUAUGUUGCCACAACAAAGAUGGCUGACAGUCCAGAUACUGUAUUUUCCACUUCCAAGAUGGCCGCUGCCACCUCCAAUAUGGCUACUACCACAUUUAAAGCUGCGACCUAUAAUCCUAACAUGCCACUUGAAUUGGCAGCAGACCUGCCACCGUCAGCUGGCAUGAUAAUUCAACUUAUUAAAGAUUUGAGAGUUGAUUUGAAAAAUGACUUUAAAAAUGACUUUGACACAUUAUAUGGAGCCAUGGAGGGCAUUAAUCAGCGUACAGAAAUAAUAGAGAAUAAAUUGCAUUCUCAAGAGCAAUCUCAUCUGGAUUUGGUUGAAACC